AUGGAUCAAGCAACUGAUUCCUUUUCCAAUUCCGAUAGCGAUUGCGAUCUUGCAUUCGCCGCACCUGACCUCACUGGUGUAGAUUUUAGUGACUCAGCCGCAUCAUUGGGAGAUGAUGAUCUCACUGCAUUGCGUUAUGAGAAUCUGUUCUUGAAUGGAACAGGAUUAACCUCGGAAAACGAAACGGAAGCAACUGGGUGCGCAAGGAAAGUUAAUGAGAUCUUUCGCAUUGUAAAGCAACUCGAAGGUGGUCAAUAUUUAGAAGUUCUGAGAGGGGACACAUGUAACUGGCUACUCGCUCCCUUGAAAGAACGACCGGAGUGUGAGGAUAUUCGGAGUCGCAUACGCACGAAUCUGUCGACAGUGACGACCGCAAGAAAAUGUGUCGAGGCAGAAUUAUUUGCAAUAGCAGCGCUAAGUCUAUUCAUGCAGCUGAACUACACUGGUCCAAUGGUUGAGGAUGUUUCGAUACUCGAAGCAAUCAAUCCUCACUCUCAUGUCGAAAUUUGCUUCAAGAAAGAAAAUGAGUUGGAAACGAAGACGGAUCGUUCAACAUAUGAUAAUUCCGUACUUGCUGAGUUGACUGUUGACGGUUUAUGGCCCUGCCAGGUUGCAAAAUUACCAUACCUACUGUUGAUUGCGCGUUGUGUCCUCGCGACCCUGUCGAAUCCGCAACGGCAGCAUUGGAGUCAUAACAUGAAGAAUAUCGAUAAGAUGCCCAAGGAGUUUUGUGAGGCGGUUUCCCACCUUUCCAGUUCGUCUAUCUGGAGCGCACGUGCUGCAGUAGCGCAUGAGCGCCUGUUUUUGUCUGCAGAGCCCACAGUGACAUUGUGGACAGAGCUGGAGGAAACGUUUCAGGAUUGUAUCCGUGCAGUUGAAAACUGCAGUCGCAGGCUGAGAGCAACUAUACGGCUGGAAUAUGGACUAGCUUGCCACCAUUUUCAACAUGGCAAGAUGGGGAAGAAACAGUUUGAAAAAGCCCGACAGAUAUCUUCCCUAUCUGUUGAAGUUACUGGAGCCAUGGGGAAACGAACCAAGUUCCAGACAAAGGCAACCGCGCAAAUGGUAGUUCGUGCGGUGUCUGCACCAUCGAAUCAGGACGAGGCUUCGAGUAAGACAAAGGGAACUGGAUAUAGUAGCGAAGGUAUAAAGUCACAAAUGGUGGAGCACACAGAUGAGUCGAUUCUCCUGGACCGCGUCAAAUUCGACAACGACCCGGAUAAUAAUAUCGAUGAACUUCGGGUAUUGGAUCAGGCAAUUAUUCUGGCACUUUGUCUGGAUGUUAAGAAUACGAAUCCGUCCGAUGGUUUGACAGCGGAGGAGAUGAGUGCGUACCUCGCCCGUGUUUUAUGCCAUCAUGAUGACUGGACGCUUUAUUCCACUGCAUUACUCGAAAGGGCGUGGUUGGAAUUUGAAGGGAACCACAGUAAAGAAAGAGCAUUGUUGCAGCUACAGGCCCUGGCAGAUCAACACACAACCAGGCUUACUAUCACGCAGUCAACGCGGAAGAGCGUUGACGAGUCCUCGCCUGUUCAGGACAGGCUGCGGAAUGUACACAGUAUUGUUUACCCACCCCGGUGGCAUAUGCUUCGAGAUGUUGCAGAACGAUAUGCAGAGCUUGGAAUUUUGACGAGCGCUGCUGAAAUUUUUGCUGAAAUUGAACACUGGGACGAAGUUGUUGAUUGCUAUCGUCGAGCUGGAAAAGAGAAGCUUGCAGAAGAAGUAGUAAGAAAUCGACUAGCAAUAGCUGAAACACCUCGAAUGUUUGCCGCGCUUGGAGACAUAACGAAUGAAAUUGGAUAUUACGAUAAGGCCAUUGAUAUUUCUAACGGUCGAUUCUGUCAGGCGCAUGUUUCAAGGGCUGAACACUUGUUCAUUCGUGGCCGGUUGGAAGAGGCGUUGGUAAGCUUUCGGGAUGCUUUGGCGUUAAGACCCUUGAUUACAACAGCCUGGUUUCGAGUGGGAACGAUUUGCAUGCGACUCGGUGAUUGGAAAUAUGCGCUUACAGCUUUUUCUGAAGUUGUUCAGCAGCAUCCGGAGGAAUCAGAGGCAUGGGCAAAUGUGGCCGCAGUUCACCAGCACGAACAACGGCCAGCUGAGGCAUAUCCAGCACUGGUUGAGUCUCUGAAGAAUAAUCGCAAGAACUGGCGUGUUUGGGAAAACAAGCUGUAUGUCUGCCUCGAUUUGAAAAAAUACGACGAAGCUAUUCAGGCCUGCAAUAUGUUGAUAGACCUGAAACAAAGUCUUGCUUCCCAGGAUAUUCCUGACCCGGAGGAGAAGUGUGUGAAAGCAAGAAGAAGCCUGCCUCGAGUUCACAAUUUACUAGAACGCAUUCGUGCUAGUCGGAAUGAUUCCUGGAUAUUUGAGAUAAUGGCAUAUUUUCAUGCUGAAGUUGGCGAAGAUUCUCACGUGUUUGAGAACUUGAUGAAGGAAUAUCGAUCGCUCACAUCCGUGAGAGCAUGGGAAAAAGACGACGAUCAAGUUCGGAAAGUCACCGAAGUAGCCUCUCAAAUUGUCCACUAUCAACGGAAGAGUAAGGAGGAUCUACUCAAGUCGAAAUUCCUGUUAUCCGGAGUAGUGAAGAGAAUUGAAAAGGCAGCGUCAGACACGGGUGCUACAAACUCGAAAUAUGUUAAGGCGAUUCAUGUAUUGCUUCGGGAAAUAUUGACGGAACUUGAUAAUACGGAAUGA